GGGUUGGCAAACAACCAGCGGUUAAGUUACAGAAACAGGAAAACAGGGCGUGGCUCUGCGUUUAAAACCAUGCUCAUGUUUCACAGCCUGACAGUCUGCAGUUCUCCAGCGAACAGUUCCCAGCAGAGCGCAAUGGAUCUUUCAGAUGCUCUUUCUGACAACCAAUCAGGAGGUCCCUGGCCCAGCAAUCCCACCUGGCCAGGUCAGCCGGCAGCCAACCCGACGUGGCCUGGGGGUCAACCUGCAGCCAACCCGGCGUGGCCUGGGGGUCAACCUGCAGCCAACCCGACGUGGCCUGGGGCUCAACCUGCUCCUAACCCGAUGUGGCCUGGGGGUCAACCAUCUACCAACCCAACAUGGCCUGGAGGACAACCAGCAGUCAAUCCCACCUGGCCCGGUGGCCAAUCUGGAGGUAACGGUGUGUGGCCAGGAGGGAACCCAAGUCAACCGACUACACCUGGUGGAUUUCCAAGUGGACCUGGUGCAUAUGGGCCUGGACCUGGAUCUGGACCAACUGGCCCCCAAAGGAGUUUGGCUGUUCCCUACGAACAAAUACUGCCUGAAGGACUCUAUGACAAACUACUGAUCACCAUCAAUGGGACCAUAAAACCCAAUGCUGAAAAGAUCACGGUGAACUUGUCAGCAUCGAGUGACAUUGCCUUUCACUUCAAUCCUCGCUUCAAUGACUAUGGCCAGAAGGUUCUUGUCAGGAACACAUGCAUCAAAACAAAGUGGGGCCAAGAGGAGAGGAAUGUGAAGGAGUUCCCCUUUACCAGGGGUCAGCCAUUUCAGCUGAAGAUCUUGUGCACCAAAAGUGGGUAUAUGGUGGCUGUCAACAAUGUCCACCUUUUUGAAUACAAACAUCGGAUAACCAACCUGAAAUCCAUCAAUAAACUCAGCAUCUUAUAUGACCUCACACUUUCAAACGUUACUACUGAGACGGCACAUUGAGAAAUAUUGGAUAUUACUGGGGAUCUGCUAAAGAUGAAAUUCAAAGCAGACACUGAUUUAUUGCAGGUUAACUGGAAAUCCAUCUCCGAUCUACCAGAAAUAUAUAUUUUCUUUUAAAGAACAUAAUCUUUAUUAGAUUGUCUAAAGAAGAAACUUGAGAUCUAUAGAUUGACCAUAGUUCUGGAAAUCUAGCUGGAGAUCUAGUAGAGAUCUACAGAGGAUUUUCCCGAGCUAUUUCUGAGAAGGCCAUUUUUAAGAUCUACAAACUCUUUAUAAGACAAAGGAAAAGUUAGCUUUGAUAGACUUGAAUCAGAUUAUCAGAUGAUUUAAAGCUGAAGAUGAUUAUUAGUUUUACAGAACAAUAUUAAUCAAUUAAAAUGUAUCCCCAAGAUUUGCUUUUGAGCCACAGAAAACAUUAGUAAGUAAUCAGUGGUAUUGCUUUGAAGAGCUAUAGUGGAGUCCUCUGUUCUGUCCUCUGGUCUUUUCUUUCUAUUCCAGAUGGUUUCUGAAGUUAUAAUCAAUUGUAAAUCAACAGGUAGUAGUUUUCCAUUUUUCUGAGUGUUUCUAAACCCUUGUAGUUUUGAACCUCUUAAUACUACUGAUGAUAUCAGAGAUAAUUUGACUUGUACUAAAUAAACAGAAACUACUAAACUGC